UAGCCAAACACAACACUGCCGCACUUUACUUUACUGUCGUGUGAACUUUUCAGACAGCCUGACAUUCUUUAAGCGACACACUUCCUCCCCGACCGGACCGUCCUUUUUAAUGGGCUUGCUGUGAAACAUUUUUUCUUUGUAAUUAGCGUUUCCCUCAUUUUCCUCCAAAAUGCCCGAGUUCAUUUCAGUGGAUGAGUUUAUCGCGGAGACUCUGGAGGACUACAGCUCUCCCACCACCUCUUCCUUCUACACCAAAAUGACAAGUUGCCGAAAUUCUGCCAACAACAUCGAGGAGGCCUUGGACUCCGACCGCACAAUCUUGCAGAAAAUGAAGAAAGCAGCCAAAGCAAAGCAUAUCUCCGGUCAAGACCACAUAUCACACUUGGAGUCAUACAUCAAUUCCAUGGAGAAGCUGGCAGUGAAUUUCCGCAACAAUGGAGAGCAGGAAGUGGCCUCUGCCUUUAAUAAGUUUGCCGAAUUCUCCAAAGAACUGCUGACGCCAAUGAAGAACUUGUUGAAGAGCAUGUUGCACAACGUCAACUUCUUCUUGGACUCGCUUGUAAAAGGGGAUCUGAAAGAGGUCAAAGGUGACCUGAAAAAACCUUUUGACAAGGCAUGGAGAGAUUACGAAAAUAAAUUCACUAAGAUUGAGAAGGAGAAGAGGGAACUGGCCAAGCAGUACGGUAUGGUGCGCACAGAGGUGAGCGGAGGAGAGAUUGCAGAAGAGAUGGAGAAAGAGCGCAGGAUGUUCCAGCUGCAGAUGUGUGAAUACCUUAUCAAAGUAAACGAAAUUAAGACCAAGAAAGGAGUAGACCUGCUGCAGAACCUCAUCAAACACUACCACUCUCAAUGCAAUUUCUUUCAGGAGUGUCUGGCUGCUACGGAGAAGCUGAAGCAGUACAUUGAUGCCCUUACAGGACAGCUGAGUGCUAUCAAACAUAAGCAGGAUGAGGAAAAGAGACAGCUCUGUUCUCUCCGAGAUCAGCUCAGACCGGCUCUGCUGCCCGAAUUCAAAGAGGAUUCUCUAAGCAGACAGACCGUGUACAGCAUGCAUCAGCUUCAAGGCAACAAGCAAUACGGCACAGAGAAAUCAGGCUACCUCUACAAGAGGAGUGAUGGGUUGAGGAAGAUGUGGCAGAAGAGGAAGUGCACUGUGCAGAACUGCUAUCUCACCAUCGCUCAUGGAACUCCCAAUAAAUCACCAGCUAAACUCAACCUCCUCACCUGCCAAGUCAAGCCCAGUCUAGAAGACAAGAAAUGCUUUGACCUCAUCUCACAUAAUCGCACUUACCAUUUUCUGGCUGAUGAUGAGUGUGAUUGUGUGGCAUGGAUAUCAGUGCUGACGAACAGUAAGCAGGAGGCUUUAAAUGUGGCUCUGGAUGAGCGGAGGCCCAGCGGGGAGAACAGCGUCGAGGAUCUGACACGAGCCAUAACUGAGGAUAUCCGCCGCAUGCCUGGAAACAGUGUUUGCUGUGACUGUGGGGCGUCAGAUCCGAGUUGGAUCUCUAUAAACCUGGGAAUCCUGACAUGCAUCGAGUGCUCAGGGAUCCAUCGGGAGAUGGGUGUACAUUAUUCACGGAUUCAGUCGCUUUCUCUGGAUAAACUAGGCACUUCCGAAUUGCUGUUGGCGAGAAACGUGGGAAAUUUGGGUUUUAAUGAAAUAGCGGAGGCCAAUCUCCCGAGUGUGUGUGUGAAGCCGUCAGCAGAGAGUGACAUGGCUGUACGCAAGGACUUUAUACUCUCGAAAUAUAUGGAGUGGCAGUUUGCACACCGCAGCGGCGGCUCACUGGAAACAAAGCGCAAAUAUCUGCAGGACGCUGUUCGCAGUCGGGACGUUUUCAGCCUGUUACAGCUUUACACCGAGAGAACAGACUUCAGCCUGUCACUGCCAUGCCCUCUACAGGAAAAGGGGGAAACUGCACUACACCUUGCUGUCCUAUUGGCUGACAGGACGUCCCUUCAUGUGGCUGACUUCCUCUUCCACAACUGUAAUAAUCUGGAUGUUCAGACUAUGAAGGGGAACACUGCUCUGCAUUACUGCUGUCAGCACAAUAAAACCGAGUGCCUUAAACUUCUGCUCAGAGCCAAGGCCAACACACAUAUCAAGAAUGAUAAUGAAGAGACGGGGCUGGACGUCGCUCGCAGACUCAAGCACUCGCUGUGUGAGGAGCUGAUCCACCAAUCGCAGAACGACCAGUUCAACAUGCAUGUGCACGUGGAGUAUGAGUGGAGACUCCGACAGGAUGAUCUUUAUGAGAGUGACGAUGACCUGGAAGACAAGACGGGCCCGGUGAAGAAGGAGCGUUUAGGACGUCCGUUCAGCUUGUAUCACAGUAGCUCUUCUUCUCAUGCUGGAGGAGGAAGUGGUGGAGGAGGGCUGUUCAAUGUGGGUCGUAGACUGGCGUUGGCCAGAGGAGAUAAUCGGAGAGAGGUUUACGCCAGUCCAAACUCACAGACGCGCAGCCUGGACAGUCCACCUCCACCACCUCCUUCAUCACCCGCACCGCCACUGCCACCCCGGGUCAGAGCUCCAAACGUCCCCCCUCCUCCCCCUCCCAUGAGCUCUACUGAUGGCUGGACAUCCCACGAAGUGAACAGCAGUAAGAAACGCACCCCUCCUCCCCCUCUGAUCAUCCGACACAAGCGCACCUACUCUGAACCUUCCCCUCAGGUGCCCCCCAGCCCUCACUCCACACGCCAGGGACCCGCAGAUUAUGGAGUACCAACAGGUCCGCGAAGCUUCGGUGGUCCGGACUCACCUUUCCAGAAGUGUGUCUCAGGGUCUCCCAAAUACCCCACGUCCACUCUGAACUCCUUAUCUGAGCUCCCAGAGCGAGCAGGCUUUCGAGCAGACGGGGAGAGCGGCUCCUCGCACUUUCUGUACCAAACCCCUCAGCCCAUGGGCAGUGCUGGACGUCACACGCCGGGCCUGUCGCCCACAUCGCCCCGAUCCUUCAGUCUGGAGGCCAACGGAGGCUCUUCCUCGUCCUCCUGCCACUCUGCUCCGCACCCGCUGCCCAGAAAAAACCUGAUGAAGCCGAAGCUGAGGCGCGUUAAAGCCAUGUAUGACUGUGUAGCGGAUCAUCACGACGAGCUCACCUUCAAUGAGGGAGACGUUCUAGUGGUGCUCGGAGAGGACGAUGCUGAUUGGUGGCACGGCUACAUCGAAGGCCAGCCAGACAGAACGGGCUUAUUUCCAGCAUCGUUUGUCUCUGUGCUGGCCGAAUGAAGGCUGGAACGCCUCCCGCACAACCAUCGGUAAUGAAGAAUCAGCAGAGCAAAAGCAGCACUUACAGGCCUUCCUGCCGCACCGAGGAAAGAGUCUGCGGUUGUUCGGGCCCUUCGUGUCCCAUGAUUCAUCCACAGAUCCAUGAUGUCCCAUCCUGGAUGCUCCCGAAAUGUUCCAGAAGCACACACAGACACAGCAUGAAGUGCAUGCCGUUUAUUUCAUUCAGCUCCACUGAGAUGUGAGUAAUGGCUUCUGUCAGGUGGGGAUUGAGGAGGUGUAAUGGCAAGAUCCUAUUGGAGAAAUCUGUUUAAAGCACAAUACUUAGUUUAUUUAGAGAACAAAUUUAGAAAUGUGAAUAAUGAAUGUUGUGUGCUUGGGUGAAUACCAUUGGAGACACACCUGGCUCUUGUUUUAUUUACAUUACAUUUUUAUACCAAAAACUUUUGCAUUUGGCAUUUUCUCCACAAUUAAGUUUUUCUGUUCUCAUUA